AUGGUGGAGAUGACAGGGUCAGUUAAACAGCUCCUCUGUGGGUGUGUCGAGGCUGAUUACGGCGCUCUGCAGGCUGCGGCGGCGGCGGUGAACGCAGAGCGGGCUGGGGCUGGGAGCGUGGGGGAGAAGAGAGUGGGGAGGGGAUGGAGGCAGUUCUUAUCUCAGGCAAUUAAUCAGAGACACUCAUAUUGCGGGACAAUUAUUCAAAGCUCACUCCUGCAUAACUCAGCCCAAGGUUCCACUGGGCUCGCUGUCUCCUCUCUAUCCCAGCAGACGGGAAGGUCAAGGCGGAGAGGGAAAGGUGGAGCUCACAGGAACCGAUCCGCAGCUCUGAGACGGCUGAAGUAA